UUAUACAAUUAACAAGUUAGGGAUACAAAUCGCACACUCAUUAAAACCAUGGAGCAAUACAUUGCACGCGCCGCCAUACCCAACCCUCCGCCGCUCCCACUAAACUCCCACCACCUCUCCCGCUCCACCACCGUCUUCAACCGUCUCUUCGCCGCCCUUUACGGCUGUGCCAUUUUAGCUCUCUUUUAUUACCACUUAACUUUUUCACUUCUCAAACUUCCCACCUCUCUUUCUUCCUUCUUCGUAUCUCUUUCUCUCUUCAUUUCCGACGUGGUUUUGGCCUUCUUGUGGGGCACCACUCAAUGCAACCGCAUGAUUCCCCUCCGCCGCCGUGAAUUUCCUGGUAACCUUAAACAAUUUCUGAAGAAGGAUUCGGAUUUUCCGGCGUUGGAUGUGUUCAUUUGUACGGCGGAUCCGUACAAGGAGCCGCCGAUGAGUGUCGUCAACACGGCUUUGUCGGUCUUGGCCUAUGAUUACCCGACAUCUAAGAUCUCUGUGUAUAUCUCCGACGACGGUGGCUCCGCUAUGACACUCUGCGCUUUUAUGGAAGGGGCUAGAUUUGCGGCUGAGUGGUUGCCGUUUUGUAGGAAAAACGACGUCGUUGAGAGGAAUCCUGAUGCCUUCUUUUCGUCCAACCAAAAUUGGGACUCCCAGUCUGAGAAGAUCAAGAUAAUGUAUGAGAAAAUGAGAAUGAGAGUAGAAAAAGUUAUGGAGAAAGGAAAGGUUGAAGAUGAGUUCAUCAAUGGAGAAGAAGAGCAUUUGAUUUUUGAUAAAUGGACAAAAUCCUUUACUCCUAAAAAUCAUCCUACAAUCAUUCAGGUUUUGCUUGAUAAUAGUAAAAAUAAAGACAUCAGAGGAGAAUCACUGCCAAAUCUCAUCUAUGUUUCAAGGCAAAAAAAUUCAACUUCUCAUCACCAUUUCAAAGCUGGUGCUCUUAAUACUCUCCUUCGAGUAUCCGCUACAAUGACUAAUGCUCCGAUUAUUCUCACUUUGGAUUGUGACAUGUAUUCCAAUGACCCACAAACACCAAAUCGAGUCUUAUGCUACUUCUUAGACCCAAAACUUUCAAGCACUUGCGGUCACAUUCAGUUCCCCCAACGAUUUCACGGGAUUAGCAAAAACGACAUUUAUGGGAGCGAAUAUAAGCGGCUAUUUAUAUUUAAUCCAAUCGGUAUGGAUGGGUUAUUAGGCCCAAGUUACCUUGGCACAGGAUGUUUUUUUAAUCGACGAACAUUCUUUGGAGGUCCAUCAUCAUUCGAGUCACCCGAACUCUUUGAACUCGACCCAAAUCAAGUUGUAGAAAAGGCCAUUCAAUCCGUCGAAGUCUUGGACUUGGCUCAUUUAGUUGCAAGGUGUGAUUACGAGAAAAACACCAAAUGGGGUUCAAAGUUGGGUUUUAGAUAUGGGUCUCUAGUGGAAGACUAUUUUACAGCAUAUUUGCAGAAAACGGAAGGGUGGAAGAGUGUAUUCUGCAAUCCAAAGAGGGCUGCUUUCUUAGGUGAUGCGCCAAUGAACCUUUUGGACGCUGUAAAUCAAGUGAAAAGAUGGGCUAUUGGGCUUCUUGAAGUGACAUUCUCAAAGUAUAGCCCACUUACAUUCGGCGUAAGGUCCAUGGGCCUUCUCAUGGGCAUUUCUUACUGCCACAAUGCAUUUUGGGCCUUUUUGUCAUUUCCUGUCACUCUAUAUGCCUUUCUCCCCCAAUUCGCUCUUAUCAAUGGCGUCUCCAUCUUUCCUAAGGUUUCAGAUCCAUGGUUUGUAUUGUAUGCAUUCCUAUUCUUGGGAGCUUAUGGACAAGACCUUCUUGAAUUCAUAUUAGAAGGAAAUACAUUCCAAAAAUGGUGGAAUGAUCAGAGAAUAUGGAGCAUUAGAGCUCUUUCUAGCUACUUUUUUGCAUCGAUUGAGUUCUCUUUGAAAUCCUUUGGAAUUUCUACCUUUGGUUUUAAUGUUACUAGUAAAGUAAGUGACCAAGAACAAAGCAAGAGGUACGACCAGGAAUUGUUGGAUUUUGGAACUCCAUCAUUAAUGUUCUUGCCGAUGGCCACGGCAGCCAUCCUCAACUUCGUCGCCGGACUCAUCGGAAUUUGGAGAUUAUUGGGUGGCGCGUGGGAACAACUCUUCCUUCAAAUAUUGUUAGUUGGAUUUAUAAUGGUGAAUUGUUGGCCACUUUAUGAGGCAAUGGCAUUUAGGAACGACAUAGGAAAAUUGCCAUCCAAAAUUACUUUUUUGUCCCUUUUACUCACUUUGCUUCUUUGCUCUUUUGCUGAUUUGAGACAAGAAGUAGAGUCGUAAAGUUUGAGAAAUUCGUGAA